AUGGAUGUCACCAAGGCGGGAAUAGCCAGGAAACUGCAACUAGAGGAACUUGAAUGCCUUAGGAUGGAGGCAUAUGAGAAUGCACGAAUUUACAAGGAAAAGACUAAGGUAUUCCAUGAUCACCACAUCCGCAAGAAAGAUUUUCAAAAGGGUGAUGAAGUUCUCCUGUACAACUCGAGACUCAGAUUCAUGCCUAGGAAGCUCCGUUCAAGAUGGGAUAGCCCCUUCAAGGUGAAGGAGGUAAAGAACUACGGCGUGGUAGAGUUGCUUAAUUCUCAAAAUGGUGAGAGAUUUAAGGUAAACGGCCAUCGAGUGAAGAAGUAUCAUGGCCACAAAUAA